AUGGAGGUUAUUUUAAACGCUAUUGAACUUGUGACAAAUUCUCAACCAUCGCCAUCUUCUUCGACUGCUACCACCCUCUCAAACUUUCAAAAAUAUUCAACUACUGCUAUCAAUAAUAAUUCAACAAACAAAGCCACAACAAAUAAUUCUAAUAAUGCUACUUUAACUGAUAACGAACCAUCAUUUCAGAAAUUCUCUAUUCGUCAAGAAAAAGAUUUUACUAGUCAAAUUCGUCAACUCAGUUACAAUUUUAAACCUAUAACUACAUCCAUCAACGAUAUUAUUAACAAAGACAAUGAUAAUUAUAGUACAAGUAAUGAAAACAACGUUUCAUGUCAUCACACGACUGUUGCACAAAAAUCUUAUGGUAGUGAGAAAAGAUUUUUGUGUCCGCCACCGGUAGUAAUCUUUAAUAGACAACAAUCAUCAAACUAUAGCAACAAUAGUAAUAAUUUUAAUGUUAACCAAAAAAAACUUGAACUAUCGAUGGCAGUAUUAUGUGAAAGCGAUAUAAAUUCAUCAGAACAUAAAGUGUCACUUGACGACGAUAUGAAUGGUACAUUCAAAUAUUUGUACGUUAAUGGAACUGCUAAAUCUAAAACUUUUACACUUCAAUUGAAAUUAUUUGAAAAAGAAUCCUCGAUUCCACAUCUAACAAUUGAUUCAUCACCUGUUACUAUCAUAUCAAAACCAUCAAAAAAAUCAGCUAAAGCAAAAAAUAUUUCAUUAUGUAUUUUGUCUGGAUCUGAAGUUUCGCUAUUUAAUCGUAUCAAUUCACAAACUGUACGAACUAAAUAUUUGGAAAUUGAAAAUGGAAUAUUAUGCGCAACAAAUACUUCUUGUGCUUCCGGACCAUUAAAAGUUGAUGCAACACGAUCAUCCGAUGCUUGUACAAUAAGCUCAUUAUCACCUUUUCUAAGAUAUCAAUCAUCACGUAUAUUUCAAAUGCAAAAUGUAGAAUUCACAAAAGAACCAUUUAAAACAGCAUCAUCCCCAAAUAAAAAUAAUAAUGAAUCAAAUCCCAUUAUUGAAGAAAUUGAUGAUCACCUUUGUUGGACCAUUGUUGGAAUAUCUAAAUUUCAAUCGACAUAUUAUGAUAAAUCAGAUUAUACUUCAAUUUCAACAUAA